CAAUGAGGGUGUUUAAGAGCUUGGUUCUUUUAUUUCUAGUACCUGUGGUGAGAGGUUCUAUGGUACAGCUGAAAAAUGGUGGCUAUGAGGAUAUUGUUAUUGCAAUUAACCCUGAGUUACCAGAAGAUCACAAUAUCAUUAGAAACAUACAGGACAUGGUCAAAGAGGCUUCUACUUACUUGUUCACUGCUACAAAACAGAGAUUUUUUUUCAAGGCUGUAAAAAUUAUAAUUCCUCUGCAUUGGCUGCCAAAACCUGAGUAUUUACAGGUAAAAACAGAGUCAUAUGAUAAGGCAGAUGUUAUCGUGGCUAAUCCUUUCUUGAAGUACGGAGAUGAUCCCUACACGCUGCAAUAUGGAGGAUGUGGGGAAAAGGGACGAUACAUUCAUUUCACUCCCAACUUCCUGUUAAAUGACAGUUUGUAUAACAUCUAUGGAUCACGAGCCAAAGUUUUUGUCCAUGAAUGGGCCCAUCUUCGUUGGGGAGUAUUUGAUGAAUACAAUAAUGAUGCACCUUUCUAUGUGUCUGUAAACUCUGGAAAAGCAAGUGUUGAAGCAACUAGAUGUUCAGCUGAUGUCACUGGUAAAUAUAUACUCCAAAGCUGCGUGGGAAACAGCUGCACGACAAGAGAAUGCAAAUAUGAUCAACAGACAAAGCUGUAUGAAGCUGGAUGUAAAUUUAUACCAGAUAAAACACAAAUUUCCCCAGCAUCUAUAAUGUACAUGCAAAGCCUCCCUUCUGUGGUUGAGUUCUGUGAUCAAAAUACUCAUAAUGAAAAGGCUACAAAUAUGCAGAACAAAAUGUGCAACUACAAAAGCACCUGGGAAGUAAUUAUGAACUCUACUGACUUCAGUAACACCUCUCCAAUAAAUAGCGCAAGUCCUCCAUUUGAGACCUCCUUCUCAUUGCUGCAGACCAAAGACAGAGUAGUCUGUCUAGUACUUGAUGUUUCUGGGAGCAUGGCUGAGUAUAACCGCAUUAAUCGUCUCUACCAAGCUGCAGAGAUAUUCCUGCUACAGAGUAUGGAAAUGGGUUCCUGGGUUGGAAUUGUCACAUUCCAUUCUACAGCACAAAUUACAUGUAAUAUACAACAAAUAGUCAGUGAGAAUGUACGCCAGAAUCUUAUCAAAUGCCUGCCUACAUCAGCUGGUGGAGGAACUAAGAUCUGUGAAGGAGUGCGCAAAGGAUUUGAGGUGAUUAAACAAAAAUACUCUAAUCUCUAUGGUUCUGAAAUUGUACUGCUGACAGAUGGACAGGAUGGGAGUAUGAGCAGUUGCCUUACGGAGGUGAAAAACAGUGGAUCGAUCAUUCACACCAUUGCCUUGGGGCCAAGUGCUGCUCCACAACUAGAACAAUUUUCAGACAUGACAGGAGGCUUAAAGUUGUAUGCCACAGAUACAGUGGAUUCCAAUGGCCUAAUUGAUGCAUUCAGUGGAAUUUCAUCAGGAAGUGGAACUAUUUCUGAACAGUCUAUACAGCUUGAAAGCACAGCUCAGAGUGUCGCCGUCAAGCAGUGGAUGAAUGGUACAGUGACUGUGGAUAGCACUGUGGGAAAGGACACCUUCUUUGUAGUUACAUGGGAUGGAAGCACAUCUCCACCAGACAUUUUACUGCGGGACCCCAAAGGGAAAGAAUAUAGAACGUCUAACUUCACAGUUAGUAAUAUAAACCUCCGAACAGCUCGACUGAGUAUAGCCGGCACUGCAGAGGUGGGAGAUUGGUUAUAUUGGAUUCAAAAUAAUCACACAGUCUCUCAAGUCAUAUCAAUGAUAGUAACAUCUCGAGCAGCAUCUUUGGCUGUGCCUCCAGUGACUGUGAAAGCCCACAUGAAUAAGGAUACAAACAACUUCCCUAAUCCAAUGGUUAUUUAUGCAGAAGUUAGUCAAGGAUUUUUGCCUGUUCUGGGUGCAACUGUGAUGGCCACUGUUGAACCACAGACUGGAUCUGCAGUAGAGCUCAAACUCCUUGAUGAUGGUUCAGGUGCUGAUAUUACCAAGAAUGAUGGAAUCUAUUCAAAGUACUUUACAUCUUUCAAGGGAAAUGGUAGAUACAACUUAAAAGUGCAUAUCCAAGGGAAAGAUAAGACUGUCAGACUUGGUCGCAGGCACAGCCGAGCCUUGUAUGUUCCAGGCUACAUAGAAAAUGGUGAAAUAAAAAUGAAUGCACCGAGACCUGAAGUUAGUGAUGAGGAAAUUCAAGCAAAGCUGGGAAGUUUCAACAGAGUUGCAACAGGAGGUUCUUUUGUAGUGGAGAAUGUUCCAUCAGGAGGAACUACUGACGUGUUCCCACCCUGUAAAAUUACUGACCUUGAGGCUCAGUUUGAAGAAGAUAAAAUUCACUUGUCCUGGACAGCUCCCGGGAAUGACUUGGAUGAGGGACAAGCUGACAGAUACAUAAUAAAAAUGAGUGAAAGUUUUCUGGACCUAAGAAACACCUUUGAGAAUGCUACUUCAGUGAAUACCUCCAGUCUGGUACCUAAACCUGCCGGCACCAAAGAAACAUUUCAGUUUAAACCAGAAAAUGUCACAAUAGAAAAUGGCACCAUAAUCUACUUUGCAAUACGUGCCGUUGAUAAUGCCUCCCUGAUCUCAGAGGUGUCUAAUGUAGUACAGGCAGCUCUCUUUGUUCCUCCAAAGGAAUCCUUGCCUGAUACGCUUCCUACUGAUGUUAUCAAUGAUGGUGUCAAUGUUUCAAUAAUAGUAUUAAUAGUUACUGGGUCUGUAAUAGGUGUAUUAAUAGCUGUAAGUAUAACUGUCUGUAUUUUACAUAAGAAAAAUAGAAAGGGAGGCCCUGGGCUCAGAAUGUAAUAAAACUAAUUGUAAGAUGAAAGCUCAGUAGGUAUCCUAAUUUGUUCUAUUUGUGAUUUUCAAAAUACAUAAGGAAAGACAAAUUUGUAAUAGAUUUGAAAAUUAAGUGCAUUGACUUUAAAACAGAGGUGGAUUUAUAUGUAUUUUGAUCUGCUUUCAAUGAGUGUAUAGUAUGUCAUAGUACAUGUAUGUAGACUGAACAGUGAAUAUAAAAGUAUGUACUGAGUAAACUAAGACACAUCAGUAUAAUGUGUAGCAUAUAAAUGACAAUCUAGAUGUAUACUUUCAUUCUAAUCUUGCAAGAGUUCUGCAACAUUAGGUAUUCUGUGCUUUAUUUUUUAAAAAAUAUGAAAAAAAUCUUUCUAAUUUUCUUUUCCAGUUGCUUAGCAGUCAAGGAGGGGAGAUUUAAGAAGAAAUUAGAUCUGUAAUCUUUGGUUUUCAUACAUUCCUUUCAGUUAUAUUAAAUGAGUAGGAAACAUAAAUGUAUACAUCUGUUGGUCCUGAGCCUGCAACUGCUUAGGUACAUGCAUAACUCAACUCUCAGCCUAUGACUAAUGCACGAUAUUCACAGGAUCAGGGCCAUAUGUUAUCCACAAAUGAGUAAUCGGUUGUGAGAUUGUUCCUGGAAAUAUUUCCUAGAGUAGCGUAAAAAUGUAGCAGUCCCCACAUGUAUUGUGUCCGUGGGGCAAGACAGAGCAUAACUAUGGUUCCACAGACAUCGCUGUCCUGGUUCCCCAGUUAAUAGAGAUGUUGUCUGUCAGCUUAAUGCUUUGGUUACACUGACAUCUAGUGGAUCGUCAAAAUACACACACACACACACACACACACACACACUUACCCAACAGACCAAAAGGAUGCACUGAUCUCGCAUAUAAAUACUUAUUUAGUGGUACAGUCAAAAAUAAUAGAUCCGAGUUUUCAUCUAUCAGUUGUGACUGGCUCUUCUUUUUCUUCUUCUUCUUUAAGUUCCUAGAGCAGGGGCAGGCAAACUUUUUGGACUGAGGGCCACAUUGGGUUUCCGAAAUUGUAUGGAGGGCCACUUAGGGGAUGCUGUGCCUCCCCAGACAGCCAAGCAUAGCCCGACCCCUAUCCGACCCCCCUGCUUCUCACCCCCUGACGGCCACCCCAUGACUCCUGCGCCAUCCACCCCUCCUUGUCCCCUGACCAUCCCACACUGCCCCAUCUAUCCCUUCCUCUCAUUCCUGACUGCCCCCCAAGAACA